UUGGUCGACUGUGUCGAGUAUCUACACGGGUGUCACGUGUGGCACCGGGAUCUUAAGCCGGAUAACGUGCUAAUCGCCAUGGAUUAUACCUACAAGAAACGUUAUAUUAAGCUUGGUGAUUUUGGUUUGGCCAAGUAUGUACCGCCGGGUUUGAGUGUAGUGGACAGGGAUGCGAGUGCGAUGUCUGCCUAUGUUAAACAUACGGAUGAUUUGGGUAAUGUCCACUAUCAGGCGCCCGAAGUACAGACCGGCUGUUAUAAUCAUUUGGUAGAUGUGUAUAGUCUGGCACUUAUAGGCGCAGCACUGUUUGGUUUGGAUAGGGAUGACAUUAUUGAUGGCAGGCCUGAUCCGGAAAUUAACUACACUAAUAAAUAUAUGCAUAAUUGGCUGAUCGAGAUAAAUAAACUGUUUAUAUCGAUGACAAUCAGCUCGUAUUCAGUGUAUGGACCCCAGGAUUGGCGACAGAGACCGGAAUGUGCGGACAUUUCCCGAAAAACUAGACGCUUUACCAAUACGACCGGCAAUUAAUCGCAAUAAUCGCACAGUAUUUGAAACGGUUAUAAAUAGCAAACAACCGAUGCUUUAUCGGACAUAUAUGGCUCG